ACGUGUUUAAACUCUCAGCUUACCUUAGAGAUCUAUUACUGUGAUAUAUAGAUAUAUAUAGCUGUAUUUUUCGAUAUAUCUCCCUUCUGUGCAUCACAGGGUUUAGGUAUGGACGUGCAGGAGCUCAAAGAGGAAAUCGAGGCGCUGAAGGCGGCACUGAAGGCCAGAGAGGUGAAGGCGGAGGAGACUGGGAAGGUGCAAGCUGCCAGGCCGGUCUACGUAGCUCCAGGAAGGCGCCUGGAGGUCUUCGCGGGUAGGCCAACUCGCCAAUCUGACCAGGGAGUCCACGAUUGGGUAGCCAGUGUCAGGGCCCAGCUAGAGCUCAGGAGCAUCAAGGGGAAGGAAGCAGCGGCUUUCAUCCGAGAAUACCUCGAAGGUGAUGCCAGGAGGGAGGUAAGCGGGAGGGGAGAAGAUAUAAAAGAUGACCCUGAAUCGAUCUUCUCCGUAUUAACCAAAGUAUUUGGUGACGGAAAUUCACUACCAAGGCUCCAACAGAGCUUUUACUCAUUCGAACAGGGACCUUCUUUUGACCUUCUGAGCUGCUCACUACAGUUGGUAGACCUGUUCGACAGAAUGGUUCAGCUGGAUCCUACCUUCAAGGUCCAGCGCGAGCCAUCUCUGAAGAGCAGGUUUGCCGAGGCAGUGAGGGAUGAGGCUCUAAGGAGGGAGCUGAGGAGGCUUAAUAUAGAGUCUCCGCAGCUUUCUUUCUUUGAGCUUCGAGAUAGGGCUCUGGAGUGGCUAGGACCAGUCCAGACAAAACGGAAGGACGCUUCGGUGAGGACCAUGGUUGCGGACCCGGAAGUGAUGGAGCUGCUGAAGAAACAGGCCGAGCAGAUGGAGCAGCAGCAGAAACAACUGGACAAGAUCGCAUUAAUCUUGUCCAGGCGUCAACCCCGGAAGACUCCACCUGGUGAUGGGAAAUGUUUCAACUGCGGCGAAAAGGGGCAUUUCCAGAAGGACUGUAGAAAGCCAAAGAAGGAGAACCCAGAUUUAAACGGGUAA